AUCCGGAGUCGUUGGGAAUCGUCUGGAGCCCUCCGGAAUCGUUCAGAGUCAUCCGAAGUCGUUCGGGAUCGGAGUCGACCGAAGUCGUCCGGAGUCGCUCCAAGUCGCCCGGAGUCGGAGUCGUCAGAAGUCGCCCUGAGCCGCCCGGAGUCGGUCAGAUUGGGGCCUCGAAACAAAGGCCUGAAUACGAAGUACACGCGCAAAAUGAAAGACAACAAAACACAACGAAAUGAAUUGCCUGAUCACAAGCACAUUGCACCGGACGGCUUCUGUUGACUCCGAUCCAUUCUGGACGACUCCGAAUGACUCCAACUCCGGCGGACUCUAUCCCCAAACGACUCCGAACGACUCUGGACGACUCCAGACGACUCCAGGCGGAACUAGUGGUUCCCAUUUCUCCGGAGUCGGAAUCGUACUAACAACAGGCGUGGGUUCGCUCCAGAGAGCACACCACUAGCCGCUCGUUGCGGCCACACGCUGCUGCGCGUCGACCAUCAAACACACACACAUACACACAGUACACACUGACAGGCGGCACCGGACGCACACACAUCCUUUCGCUGCGCUCUCGCUAGCGAACAGUACGACAUCCUCCCGCUCCCUGGUCCCGUUCGACAUUUUAAGGGACAACCUUCCUUUUGUUUUUCUAUUUCUUACUCUUAUACCUACCUUCCUCUCAGGCACUCCACCCAUCCCCCCCUCCGUGGUGUCUGUCCCGUGGGGGUAGCUGCUGGACCAACGCAACGGUUUCACCACAACGUCCAGUUGUUGUUGUUCAUCGGUUGGAUUGGUCAAACGCUUUGCUGGCGCACAAGUCACCCGUGUGUCCUCAGCGUUUGUUGAAGUGUAUGCGUCUGUAUGUGUGUGUGUGUGUGCGUGACAUAAAAAUGAGUGUUGAUGGAGUUUAAACAGUGCGUGUAGCAAGCCGUGCCGCCAGCGCGCCAUCAACUAGCCGCUUUGGCCGCCCGCCGCUCCAAUCAACCCGCUAGCAACUCUCCACUUGCACUCCAGACCUCCGGCAUACACCCCACCCCCUCCCCCCCCAUCGCCACAACACCUGCCAAAUGCGACAAUAGUAUGGAAGUAUGUUCGCCGCAAGGAGCAUCCUGUGCCGUUUAUAUAAUACUUUAAUUUUCAUGCACCUGAUCUACGUGACGCGGUCGUUCGGUGUCAUCUUCGAGGAGUAUGUCGUGGACCAGGGCCGCAAUCUGACGCUCCGGUGCGACUCGAAGCAUCCGGUGCGCUGGGUGCGGGAGGGCCGCCGGGAGGACGUGCGCCAGUUCCAGCUGGACGGUUCGCUCGUGCUGACAAACCUUACCGCAAGGGACAGCGGCCGGUACACCUGCUCGGCCGCGAUACCCACCCUCACGACGGUCGGCGUGCUGGAGGGCACCGAGCCGGACCCGUCCGCCACUGCGCCCGGCAAUGACAGCAGCACGCGGCCCGCCUACGAUGCCGGGUACGAGAACGCCACCACCGACGAGCCGGCGGACGACGAGGACGGCGGGUACGAUGCUUCGUCCGCCGCGUCCGAGGAGCACUUCGUCGAGCUGCUGAAGGUGAACGUGAAGGUGCGGACGCCCCCGCUCGCGGUGUCCAACUUUUACGUGCGCGCGUCCACCAUCAUCGCCGUGCUGGUGUGGGAGGUGAUGCCGAACCGGACCGGCGGGUACGCGAUACGCGACUUCACCGCCGAGAUGCGCAAGAUGCGCGAGAGCAGCAACGAGACGGAGCUGCCCUGGGAAACGAUCGAUCCCCGCCACAUCAGCCCGAACGCGCGCCAGCUCGAAAUCUAUCAUCUCAUACCGAACACGACGUACGAGUUUCGGAUCUGGGGCAACAAUCAGCUCGGGGCCGGCGAGAUCGUUACCAUCCUGGCGACGACCCAGCCGCGCAUGGAGGAGAAAGAUCUGGUCCGCCGCAUCAUGAUCGAUGCGAAAAACUUUGACACCCGCGUCUGGAUAGCGGCGGUCGGCAUCGUGAUGGGCACGCUCGUCAUCCUGUCGCUCGGUACCUGCAUCGUGCUGUACAAGGAGUGCCGCGAACCAGCCGCGAACGAUAAGGACGAGGAGCUGGACAGUCUCGAGCUGGUGCCGAACAUCAUCCUGAAUCCGGGCUUCUGCGACUCGGACGACCAGGGCCAGAACCCGCUGGCGCCACCGAUACCGCGCACCCUGCCGUACAACCGGUACCGGACGGGCGGGCCGCACGACGGCCGAGGGCGCCCGGUGGACGACGAGGACGACGAGGACGACGACGAGGACGACGAGGAGCCGAUGACGUUCAGCCGCCGGAUGUCGAUCUUCUUCACCGGCAACACGAUCAAGCGGAUUUGAGUGCAAAUAUUCCCGGAGGACGCUACUGUGUACUACUGAUGCAGCCCGAGAAGCACUCAGCCCAACACGUGUUCACAUUGUAACACACACACACACACACACACACAUCCACAGCACUCAUCCUGCGCUCCACACGCCAUACAAACACAGACAGUAACGCCAGUAAGGUAACGCAAUGGGUAACGAUGUGAAGGGCAGUGGAGUCAGGAACUCGGCGAUGCUACUAAGCGUACAAGUGUAGUGCUACAUUGCUUGCGGGCAAUGGCAAUGUUGGUGGUUAGACGUCAGCAUUCAGUUCUUUCGAUGUGCCUUUGCUGAUGAGUUCCCGUGCUUCCCGAUUGUUUUGCGUGCGCUCUGUGGAUCUUCGUUUUACUUUUGCACCACCUCCACCUUCCCUCCCUCACUCUUCGGAGGCACGCAUUUCCCGUUUUGUGACGGAACUUGUUUCCUAAACAAACGAACAAACAAGCCAGACUGACUUACUGGAUAAUGUGUGCGUGUUUAAGGCUGAAUGGGGGGGGAGCGCACGUUUUGGGACUUAUGGAAUCCACCCAGAUGGCGCUGUUUGACGCAGCUUGCACAUCAAAAUAUCGGGUGGCCUUUGCCACGCAUUCCCUCUAGUGAUUGCAAACAUACAAUAAUGCAUGUGAGUCGCGUACAUCAAACCUACUCGAACUAUCCAUUUUGUAUUACGAUCCGAGCUUGCAAAAAAAAAAAACCCGUUGGGUGCUCCCCGAUCCGGGGAGCUUAUCCGCCAUCUUUUCCUCCGUACGCUAAGCACGCAUGCAAACUAUGAGUGAAAAUAACGGCUAAUGAUAUAUUUAGAUAAGAAAACACGUACUCCGGAACAUCCUCACACACACGAAAACUACAACACACACACAUAUACAGAAAACAUGUUAUUUCGCUAGUGAAGACUAAGUAUAGGGUAUAGCUACUACACCAAUGUGACGUACACGCGUAUAGUUAGGGUAAGGCGUACGAAGCGAAUCAUGUUAAAACAAAUCGCAAAAAAUCCCCGCAACCGGCACAUGUUAGCUUAUCACGCUAGAGAUAUUGGCAAACAAAAAAAAGGAAGCUCAGCAAACCACGGAGGGGUGACGGUAGACUAAACAAACGUAUUUCCUCCCCCGGCACGAGCUAAUUGGCAGAACCCCUCGGCCAAGAUGAGUGAGACGUAACCGAUCUACCAACGAUCGUUACAGAGUGCAAAAUUAUUCCCACUGGCUUUCGUACUGACCGUUUGUAACUCCCCCGUGGUUUAAGUGCUGGCUGCAUUAUAGUCACUGUCACAAUUCAUCCACUAAGCCCUACCAAACUCAUUCGGCGUGUUGUGUUGUGCGUGUUUCAGCAUCCGCAAUAUCCGUCCCGAAAGAUUUUCCGGUGAGCUGCAUUGUUCACCGCAAAACAGUACGAAGCAUUUAAUAUGUGCGUGUAUGUGUGUGUGUGCAACCAACCUUUUGCUUUGCGUCUACUAAGCUUACUAACUCUAUUGGCAUACUAAAUGAACGAAAGCUACUGGAAGAGGUUGUGUAUGGAUGGAAGCGAGGGGCGUUGUUUACGGCGCUGCCGGUGCUGCUACCACUGCUACUAUCACUACUAAGUCACUAAGGCAGCUGUCAGUGAUGGCUUCAUCCACUAGCCGACUGGCUACGUCCUACGUUUUUGCCGCUAGAGGGCAGCCUAUUGGCUUUCUUAGACCAUCAUUUACUAUUAAUAUUACUAUAAUUACUACUACUACUGCUGCUGCUAUCAACGCUGAGACACGCACUCAUACACGCCGGCACCUACACAUACACACUUUUACCGCCUUUAUAAUGGGUAAGUGAAGCAAACGGCUCAAUCGACUGUGUCACCCAGGCGUUUGCCUGCGUCAGACAGCGCGGGGUUUGUAAACAAACAACUGUUGGACAGGUGAAAAUGUGACGUUUGUGGCACAGAAGAUGUAAACAAGUUAGACAGAAAGAGAGAUAGAGAGAGAGAGAGAGAGAGAGAGAGAGAGAGAGAGAGAGAAAGAAAGAGAGAUAGAGAGAGAGAGAGCGCGAGAUAGAGAGAGAGCGCGAGAGAGAGCGAGAUAGAGAGAGAGAGCGAGAGAGAUAGAGAGAGAGAAAGAGAGAGAGAGAGAGAGAGAGAGAGAGAGAGAGAGAGAGGAGAGUAAAAGAAGAAGAUAAAAGUGACGAAAAAAAAAAGAAUCGGAAGAGAAAAUAAUUUGUGCGCGUGUUUGUCGAGGCGGCAGUAUUUAAGUAAUAACACAAAAAACACAAACAAACAAUACACUAGUGUAAAGCGUAGUCCAAACCAAGCAUGGUUACCCAUUCUGAAACGAGGCUAGAAAAAUAAGAAAAGGAGGAGGAGAAAAAUGUUCACAAAACGGAAAAAAAAUAUCAAAGUGCGGUUAAGGCGAAAACAGGCAGAACUCGAGGAAGAGGGCCGAGUAAAUAUGAGAGCGAAACUGGCAAUUACGUUUGUAAAAAAUAUGCGAACCGAGAAUCACUCACACUCCCACACAAACUCACACACAUACAUUAAACACUAAAGCCACACAUAAACAACGCCGUUUGUACACUUUGUAGUGUCGCGGGCUUUUUAUAUUAAAAAGCGUUUGCGAACCCUGUAGCCCUGCCCGGUGGUGCUGCGCAACCCGGGCAGUGAAUGGUUGUUGUUAAUGUUGAUAUCAAGCGUAAUUUAGACAGUGUAGGUCAGCCGAGUAGUUCGAGUAAUAGAGAGAGAGAGUGAGAGAGAGAGAGCGAAAGAGGGACAAAUGGAUUAGUUGUGUAAAAAGAAGAGAGGGGAACAGUAAAUCAUGCACUAGAAGAAAAAAAAAACUAAACUUCCUAGAACGCUUCCUAGGGAACAAAUUACUCGGCACAAACACACGCGUAUAGAUAUGACUUUUGGUCGGCUGUCAAAUGUGUUCCAACUGGAUCCAAACCGCAGCCAUCCACUGUAGAGGUACAUGUUUGUGCGGUGUCUCAUUGCGCUUUGUGCUGUGCGAGUCGAUCUUAAGGUACACUGCAGCGCUAACGCGAGCUUGUCUCGCUAUAAAACCCUGCCUACUACCAUCACUACUACUACUACUCCUACUACCAGCUAACCAGUUACUUAAUCCUAUCAAUGGAGCCAUGUUUGACGUGGCCGAUGCCGCUCGUGCUAUUACCGUACUUAGUAACUGUUUGACGCUGCAGCUUACUGUGUUACUGCAGCGGCGGCGGCGCCCGCGCUCCACUUGGAGGUACACCAAAGUAGGAACCAAAGAUAUACUGUCACAACCCCCUAGCACCCAGUAUACACCAGCCAUAUCAAGGAACGAUCACAGCUAGCCCCACUGCUCCGGGGCUUCGGGUGUGAAUUCGAACCCGCGAACUGUGGACGACCCAACAAGUCCUUCUCUACUUGCAGGCCCCAUGCGCACUACCAUAGUGAAACACACCCUUCGGUCAAGAUUUUGUACGUUAGAGACAACCAAUACAACACACAGACACACAUCCACACACUCCAGACAAAUGCACACUACCCGCUGCAACCAUUAUCGUGUUUGAUGUAAGAGCAUUAUCAGCCCAGCCGCCUCCUGAGCGGCUGUGGUAAUUUUCGGCUUCGUUCCUUAAGCGCCAGCAGACUACUUCUACUAACUACUGCUAUUACUACUACUACUGAUACUGAUACUGAUACUGAUACUAAUACUAUUACUAAUAAUUGCUUUUUGUAAACGCGUUUUUUUGUACACACGACACAACCUGCCUGUCUGCGCGACUACAGAGAGACUGCUUACUACUGCUAGCACGGCUCGUUGCGGUGUAAGAGAGAAGUGAUAGAAGAAUCGCGCACGUGACAGAGAAAGAGAGAGAGAGACAGGGAGGGCGAUAAGUAGAUUGUCAAAAGGAGGAACAGAAUAAAGCGUGUGUUGGAUAAAGAUAAAAAAUCCAGUGGGUUAUGUGUGUGUGUGUGUGUGAGAGAGAGAGAGAGAGAGAGAGAGAGAGAGAGAAAGAGAGAAAGAGAUAGAGAGGGAGAGUGAGAGAGAGAUAAAAAAAAACAAAAAUAUUUCGGAGGGCAAAUACACAUACACACAGAGCAAAGGGACGAGACUGAGAGAAAGUAAACUGCAUAACUACUGAUAGAAUCUAGAAACGCAAAACUAAAAAAUAUAUAUAUAUAUAUAUACAUAUACAAAUAUGCAUCGCAAAACUCAGCUGUAGCCUUACUAUACCGCCUUAUCUCUCGCCAUAAUCAUUUUGUUUUUGUUGUGGAUCUCCGAUCGCAAAAAAAAACCAUUCACCCACUCACAUACACACACACACAUACGUUCACUUUAGCUCAACAUCUUCCCGUUCGCUUCAUGCCGUUCGUCGUCUGCUGCACCACGUUCAGUGCAGACUACUAAGCCGCAAGGCUCAUUGUGAAAAUUUCCCGCCAGAUGGAGCUACGUUCACGACGCCUUGCACGCGCGCAGCUCUAAGGGAACAAAUCGGCUUCGGCUUUUCUGUCACCGUUCUCUGCAGUGCCUGCCUGCUCGGCACCGUAACAGCAUGGAGCACCGUCCACAAAUCUCAAACAAGCGCACUCCCCCACACAACAGAUCCUUACCAGUGUGCAAAUAGAGGGAGAAAGUAUAUUGAAAAAAAAACAACAUGCAAACAAAAAAACACAUAAAAAAACAACCGAACGUUUUUUUUGUUUCGUGUGACUCUUUCUCUUUUCGCUUGUUCAGUUGCUCGUGGCUUGUGCUACUUAAUCACACUCACACGUUUAUCUAAUUUUUGUUUUGUUUUUGUCUGUGUGACAGAUGCGACUGCUCCUGCUUAUUCUGCUCUCUUGCUCCAUCAACUACUUCCCUCAUGGGUCCGUUCUAUUUACCUCUCUCUCUCUCUCUCUCUCUUUCUUUGUUUUGUUUUCGUGUUUUGUAUUUUGACACUGUACACACUCUCACCCCAUUUUUCUUACAUCGGUAAUGUUUCUUGAAUAGCUCUAUUUCAUUUGCCUUUAAUCGAAUUUACGGCAUUUCUUUCUCUCUUCUUCUCACUCACUCUCUCGCUCUAUGUUUAUCUAUUUUUUAAACUGCAUUUCUCUCUUUUGCUCCAUUUUAUUGGCUCCCACACUUAAUUCGCUAAAAACUGUGUUUUUUCUUCUUCUACUUCUAAUACUGCUCCGUUUUUUUUGCGUUGUGGCACCAUGUUUACUAAUCUUCUUUAUACUCUUGUCCUGUACGUUGUCAAGAAACGCAAUGUUGUCACGUGUUUUACCACUUCACACUUUUUUGGAUCUCUUUCUCCUGUUUGCAAAUUUGAGCUCUCCUAGCUACAUAAUGCUGCCAAAACUCUCUGGUUUUACUUUUCUUAGUUUUUUCUUCUUCUCUUUCUCUUUCUCUCUCUCUCUCUCUCUCUUCUGCUCCAAUAAUGCCAUAACAUGAAAAAGCAAUUUUCAAAAAAAUCCUCAACCAACAAUUCUUCCACUAACUGUAUCUUCUCUCUUUUCGCUCGACCACCUUUCCCGUACCCCGUAACCACACCUGUGUGCGUGUGUGUGUGUGAAUGUGUGUUCUUCUUCCAUUACCCCUCCACCUUCCUCCAUCUGCACAGGUUUGUCAGAGACAAGCGACUAUUUCUAGACCACGUUUUGUCUUGCCGUUAGCUAAACGGUUAGGGCCACCGGAACGCGAACGUCAUCCGAAUGUUUGUCGGCGGACCCCGGCUACUGCCCCAUCGGCCCGAAUCGGGGUUGGGGUCUAGGGGAUCAAAAGAGAGGGAGGGAGAGUGAGAGAGAGAGCGAGGAGAAAGCAAAAAGAAAAUGGCAAUUGGUAAUAGCCUCGAUUGUGGCCUCACCACUAUUAUUCGACACAGACACAUUUUCGCCUUUGCGCCAAUUUUACAAACCACACAGAUUUCGAUCGAUCGAGUACUUAUACAUAAAAUUAUAUAUAUAUACACUCACAAACCAUCUCGUACACAUAUUUGGUAGUGCGUUCGCGUGAAAAAAACGGAGCCAAAAGGUAUGGUAAGCUCACAAUUUCAACUUCCACUAAAAUUCACCUAUUUGAACUUAUUCUAAAUCGGGCAUACCGAUCUCGAAAGCUUUACUUAUACAUCUAAUUAAUAUUCAUAGCUCUAAUAAACAGCGCUCGAAAUGCCCCAGUGAGCAGUUCCGCAGUCUUCUCUUCUUCGCAAACAAACAAAAAAAGUAAGAAAGCACUUUGCUAAAAAACAAUGAAAAAAAAAAAAAUAAACCAUCGACGGUGGAACUGGUAAUCCUCGAUCUCAAGAUGGCCACGCCAAUGCAGGAGUGUGAAACAAAAAAAAAAACAAACAAACAUGACAGCCACUGGAGUAAACGCGUCAGCCACUAGUGGUGAUUGGCUACUGCAAACUUUUACAAACACACGUUGGUGGAUACAAAAUGGGUCCAAGGGUGCAUGUGUGACAGAGAGGGGUGUUGCAACAAAGAAAAAAAAAAUGUCCGCAUCACCAACGGUCAAUAUCAUAUCCUUCGCCGAGCGGGAACAAAUUAGAAAGGGGGAAAAGUGCAACAAAAAAAGAAGAUAUUAUCCAGUCGUAUUCUCAUCUUACACACUGGUCGUCAUUAUUCAACAGAAAUAUCUACGGAGAAGAAGUUAUUUGACUAGUGAUAACACAAGUAUCUUCUUUGCUGAGGUUUCAGCUUCAUUUUUUAUUUUUAUUUUAUUUUUGUUAUUGCUAGUAGCUCAAUAGUGAAAGUUUCUUUCUCUCUCCUUUUUUAUCGCUGUUUAAAAGCCUGUUUUAGUAAUUGAUUUUCACCGCCAAUUGGUUCAACUAGCAGGCUUGCGCUGACAGGUUCGGAUCCUUAUCUUCUUAGCCACGUAUCACUCUGUCAUUCGUUAUCACUUUCGCGCCUUCUAUCCUUCUCUCACACCGACGCAUUAGUAUCUGUCUCUCUCUCU